GACUUCCGUUUUAGUUGUAUUUCCGCUACACAUGGCUAGCAAUAUUCAGGGCACACCAGGGCACACGCAUAACCAUGAAAAUGAUUUAAAGUUCACCGAAUAUUUGAAAUAAAUAUAAAAAUUUGGCAUAAUAAACUUUAAAAAUGACGACAAAGCUCUACGUUCUGUUCGAGCAUGCCGCAGGCUAUGGAGUGUUUUACAUCAAGGAAUUCGAAGAAAUUGGAAUGCUUCUACCGCAGGUAGAAUGUUCAGUAACGGAUUUAUCACGUUUCAAUCAAAUUGUAAAACUCGUUGGUUUCUCGCCCUUUAAAACAGCCUUAACGGCAUUGGAAAACGUGAAUAGCAUUUCCGAAGGUAUUGUCCCUGAGGAUUUGAAACUAUUUUUGGAUUCAUGCAUUCCGAAAGCGGGGAAGAAGGAGAAAGUGGUCCUUGGAGUUGGCGAUUCGAGACUUGGAGCGAGCAUUACGGAAGCUCUUGACAUCAAGUGCGAUCACACCGGAGCGGUACCUGAGAUAAUUCGAGGAAUACGCUUCCACUUUCACAAUCUCGUCAAAGGAUUCACGUUAAAAACAUCCGGAGUCGCACAACUCGGUCUAGGACACAGUUAUUCUCGAGCCAAAGUUAAAUUCAAUGUUAAUCGUGUCGAUAACAUGAUUAUUCAAAGUAUCGCCUUAUUGGAUCAAUUGGACAAGGAUGUUAAUACGUUUAGUAUGCGAAUCAGAGAAUGGUACAGCUAUCACUUCCCAGAGCUCGUGAAAAUCGUCCCCGAGAAUUAUAUGUACGCAAAAGUUGCUCAGUUCAUCAAGAAUCGAAAGGAAUUGUCUGAUGACAAACUCGAGGCCCUUGAGGAAAUUGUAAUGGACAGUGGAAAAGCUCAAGGAAUAAUUGACGCGUCAAAAUCGUCAAUGGGCAUGGACAUAAGUCCAAUUGAUUUAAUGAACAUUGAAAUGUUCGCCGGACGUGUCGUUGCAUUGGCCGACUAUAGGAAACAAUUGGCAGAAUAUUUACGAUCAAAAAUGAGCAGUGUCGCUCCGAAUCUCGCGUCAUUGAUUGGUGACCAGGUCGGUGCCCGAUUGAUUGCACACGCCGGUUCGCUCACUAAUUUGGCGAAAUAUCCAGCUUCAACAGUGCAAAUCUUAGGCGCUGAAAAAGCACUUUUCCGUGCUUUAAAAACACGAGGGAAUACGCCGAAGUACGGUCUUUUAUUCCAUUCGACAUUCAUUGGUCGCGCUGGAACGAAGAAUAAAGGUAGAAUUUCUCGAUACCUUGCCAAUAAAUGUUCCAUUGCGUCGAGAAUUGAUUGUUUCACUGAUAUGCCAAGUACAAUAUUCGGUGAGAAAUUACGUCAGCAAGUUGAGGAUCGACUGAAAUUUUACGAGACUGGCGAUGUGCCUAAGAAAAAUAUAGACGUUAUGCAAGAAGCAAUUGAGGAGGCAGCGCAAAAUGUUGUCGUUGAGGAGGAAUCGCCUAAAAAGAAAAAGAAGAAGGACAAGAAGAGAAAGCGCGAGGAGACUGAGCAUAAUGGUGUUAAUGGUUUCUCAAAGGAGGAAAUCAAGGCGGAUGAAUCUAUCGAUGAGGAACAACCAAAAAAGAAGAAGAAGAAAAAGAAAUCCAAAAGCAUUGGCGAAAAUGGCGACAUCUCCUUAACAGCUUAAUUAUUUUGAUCGAAUUUUACAUUUUUGAAAGGAGUACAUUUUUUGACACGGUAAAAGGAAAUUUUAUAAUAUUUGCAUUCUUGUCUUUGCAAAUUCAACGAAAAAUUCAAUUUAAAGUAUUUAAUUUAAAAAAAUUUAUUCCAAUUCUCUAUAUACUUGUAAAUAAUACAUUGACGCAUUUAAAUUUUGUUAAUUCAGAUCAAUUUAAUUAAACCGUGAACGACAGGUGAGCGCAUUUAUUAUUUUUUUUUUUUUAUAAAAUGAUAAAAUUCUAUAGUAAAGUCUUAUCGACGAUUUGUUUGUUACAAACUUUUCAGAGAUUUUACUUUUAACGACAUUUAUGACAAUUUAAUUACAAAAAGGUCAUUGCAAAUAAUAUCAUUUUCAGUUAACAUAAAAACGUUAACUUAAACAUAAAAAAAAUGAAAUUAUGUUUAACAUAUUUUGUAUCAUAACGUAAUACAUUCUUAUAUAUAUUUUUAAUUGAAUGUAUGAUUGAAAAACAAAAAUAAAUAAUUAAAUGCA